UUGCCGCAACCAACCAACGUAGGCUGUGGAUGUGGCAGCGUGGGUUCCCCUGUCCGGCUGACAACGUGUCACCUACAGAGCUCCCACAGGUGCAGUUGUGACGGGGUUUUGUGGACAUUGACAUUGUCAGCUCUCCUCAUUUGUUAGUGCCAUGUUUGCCAGGCUGGCCUUGUGCUCUCGCCUGCCAUCCAGAAACUGGCAGUCAAAUGGCUCUUCAGUUUCCAUCCGAGCGUUUUCACAUGCUAAAUUCUCACCUCCACGUCCCCAUGGGAAGCCUUUUGCUCACCGCAGUGAGUUAAAGCAGGCCAAACGCAUUGUAGUGAAGCUUGGGAGUGCUGUGGUGACCCGUGGAGAUGAGUGUGGUCUGGCACUGGGACGACUGGCCUCAAUAGUAGAGCAGGUGGCCGUGCUGCAGAAUCAAGGCAGGGAGAUGAUGAUUGUCACCAGUGGUGCGGUGGCAUUUGGGAGGCAGAGACUGAGGCAUGAAAUCCUGCUGUCUCAAAGUGUCAGACAAGCCUUGCAUUCUGGUCAGAACCAACUCAAAGAAAUGUCACUUCCAGUAUUAGAAGCAAGGGCGUGUGCGGCUGCUGGACAGAGUGGUCUGAUGGCUUUAUAUGAAGCUAUGUUCACCCAGUACAGUAUCUGCACUGCACAAAUUCUGGUCACCAACCUUGAUUUCCAUGAUGACCAGAAACGUCGCAACCUGGAUAGCACACUCUAUGAACUGCUGCGGAUGAACAUUGUUCCUAUCAUCAACACCAAUGAUGCAGUUGUUCCGCCCCCUGUUCCAAACAGUGACCUACAGGGCGUAAAUGUAAUUAGCAUUAAAGAUAAUGACAGCUUGGCUGCACGGCUAGCUGUUGAAAUGAAAGCAGACCUCCUCAUUGCCCUGUCUGAUGUUCAAGGCUUAUAUGACAGUCCACCAGGAACAGAUGAUGCCAAGCUUAUUGAUAUAUUCUAUCCUGGAGACCAGCAGUUAAUCACGUAUGGCAGCAAGUCCAGAGUCGGUAUUGGUGGCAUGGAAGCCAAGGUGAAAGCAGCACUGUGGGCCCUACAAGGAGGGACAUCUGUCAUCAUUGCCAACGGCACCGAUCCUAAAGUCACAGGCCACGUUAUUACAGACAUUGUGGAAGGAAAGAAAGUUGGCACCUUCUUCUCAGAAGUAAAACCUGCAGGUCCAACUGUGGAGCAGCAGGCAGAGAUGGCCCGACAUGCAGGCAGAACUAUGGCCUCUCUGCUCCCUGAACAGAGAGGAGAAAUAAUCUACGCACUUGCUGAGCUGCUUACAGAAAAGAAAGAUGAGAUUCUCAGUGCCAACAAGAAAGACAUGGAGAUGGCAGUUGCAUCAGGUCGUUUCUCUCAGGCUCUCAUUGAUCGCCUCAGUCUGUCAACUGUUAAACUAAACAGCCUUGCCAUUGGUCUUCGUCAGCUUGCCCAUUCCUCAAGAGAUAGUGUCGGUCGGGUGUUGAGGAGGACCAGAGUGGCCAACAAUCUAGAACUGGAACAGAUCACAGUCCCCAUUGGUGUGCUGCUCGUCAUCUUUGAGUCCCGACCCGAUUGUCUCCCACAGGUGUCGGCUCUGGCCAUUGCCAGUGGAAAUGCUUUGCUACUGAAGGGGGGCAAAGAAGCUGCCAGAACAAAUAAAAUUCUACAUCAACUAACCCAGGAAGCACUUUCCAUUCAUGGAGUGACAGAUGCCAUUCAUUUGGUCAGUACAAGAGAAGAGGUGGAGGAUCUGUGCAGACUAGAAAAGCUGAUUGACCUGAUCGUUCCAAGAGGCUCGUCCCAGCUGGUGCGGGAAAUCCAAAGGGCAGCUAAGGGUAUUCCUGUACUGGGCCACAGUGAAGGCAUCUGUCACGUCUACAUAGAUAGUGAUGCCAGCAUAGACAAGGCCAUUGAUAUUGUCAGAGACUCCAAAUGUGACUACCCUGCAGCCUGCAACGCCAUGGAGACCAUCCUUAUUCAUAGAGAUCUGUUGCGAACUCCUAUAUUUGACCAGAUUAUUGAUAUGCUCAGAGCAGAACAUGUCAAGAUCCAUGCAGGUCCCCAGUUUGCAUCCUAUUUAACUUUCAGCCCAUCUGAGGUGAAAUCUCUGAGGACAGAGUAUGGGGACCUUGAAUGCUGCAUUGAGGUGGUAGACGGCAUGCAGGAAGCCGUGGACCACAUCCACAAAUAUGGCAGUUCCCACACUGACGUUAUUGUGACAGAGAAUGAAGAAACGGCUCAGCAGUUCUUGCAGCAGGUUGAUAGUGCCUGUGUUUUCUGGAACGCUAGCUCUCGCUUUGCUGAUGGCUACCGUUUUGGGCUAGGAGCUGAAGUUGGUAUCAGCACGGCACGGAUACAUGCCAGAGGUCCAGUGGGUUUGGAGGGGCUUCUUACCACCAAAUGGAUCCUUCGAGGGGAAGGACACACCGCGGCUGACUUUUCAGAACACGGCAGUAUGAAAUACCUCCAUGAAAAUAUCCCUGUCCACCAGGGUAGCUUCAAUUAGUUGCCCAAAUAAAUAUUCAUCACCUGAAUCAAGAUGUCUGAUGUUUACCCAGUUAUUUUAAGGACUGUGUUUGUUCUCAGCACUUCAUCUUUUCAGCUGCUCCUUAAACACCUGUGUAAAUCCAUUAUUAUGUUACAGGAAGCUCACAUACCAAACUGAGGUUAGUGUAAUUGGCAACCAAGCUGCUGAUAUGUGAACAGAACAGAAACCUUUUUACAAGUUAAACACCAAUCUUCCUAGAGAAUCACUGGUUGUUCCAUGACUAAUAAUGUAAACAGAUUCUCAAAUCAUUUUCAUUUUUAUAGUGGUAAUAAAAUAAACCAAUGGCUAUUGCCAUGACAUAUUUUUCUACAUGCAAACUCUCCCUUGGUGUUUUUGUAAGUCCCAGAGUGUUGAUCUUGGUUCUUUGUUGCAGACUCAAUAAAUAUGCUGUAUAGUUCUUAA